UUCCCUCUCACUUUUUCUCGCUCUCGUCCACCACCGUCCACUUUGAUCACUUUACUCAUAUAAAUGCCAUGCAAUGCAAAACACCAUAAGAUAGCAAUUUGUGUGUGAUUAUAAGGCACUACCAAAGAUACAUCCUAAUCACAAAUAGCAAAAAAGACUCUCUCUCUCUCUCUAUAUAUAUAUAUAAUGAGGCUACUUGCAUCUCUACCUACUCAUCAUCAACCAAACUCUACUAUCCCCUUUUAUUCUUCUAUGUCUAAAGCCAAAUGCAACCCAAAUUUCCAAAAUAAUAAUGCUACUAUCACUAGCGACACCACUUCUACUAGUUUGUCAUUCAACAAAUCUAAGCUCUCAUGGGGUCGUCUCAAGAGUCAAUUUGAGCAAUGCCACUCUCCCAAACUUGGCCAUAAGUGGAUGCAAUACCAAGGAAUCAACCAUUGGGAAGGCUUGCUUGAUCCUCUUGAUGAUAACCUAAGAUGGGAGAUUCUAAGAUACGGCCAAUUUGUUGAAGCUGCUUACCAUUCCUUUGACUUUGACCCCUCUUCUCCCACUUACGCCACGUGUCGUUUCCCCAAGACCUCACUCUUAUCUAGAUGCGGUCUAAAUAACUCCGGAUACAAGAUAACCAAGAAUUUGCGCGCCACUUGUGGGAUUCGGUUACCAAAAUGGAUUAAUAAGAUGUAUGAACUGCCACGCAAUCAGUCUAGCUGGAUUGGUUACGUGGCAGUUUGUCAAGAUAAAGAAGAAAUCGCACGUCUUGGCCGACGCGACGUGGUGAUUGCUCUCCGAGGAACAUCCACCUGUUUAGAGUGGUUGGAAAACUUACGCGCUACGUUAACAAAAUUACCUAAUCAUAUGAGUAAGGAUAACAAUGUUGAUGACAACAACUCCGGUGGUGAUAAUAAUUCUGCUAGGGCAAUGGUGGAAAAUGGAUUUUUGAGUCUUUAUGUGUCUAAAACAGCUACAAAUCCAAGUUUACAAGACAUGAUAAGGGAAGAAAUUGCAAGAAUAAUCCAAUCUUAUGGUGAUGAGCCACUUAGUUUAACUAUAACUGGUCAUAGCCUUGGAGCUGCACUCGCCAUCCUUGGCGCGUAUGAUAUAACCGCCACCUUAAAAAAUGCACCAAUGGUUACCGUGGUUUCUUUUGGUGGGCCCAGGGUGGGAAAUGACGUGUUCCGGAACCAACUGGAACAAAGUGGGACCAGAAUUCUGAGAAUCGUUAACUCUGAUGAUGUCAUCACAAGGGUUCCAGGUUUUGUGGUGAAGAAUGAUGACGUGGCAAGAAUCGGGGAUGUCCACGUGGCACGCUUGCAGAGCUGGUUUCAUAAGCGCGUGGAGGACAUGCAAUUGGUGUAUGCUGACGUAGGACAAGAGCUGAGGCUUAGUAGCAAGGAAUCACCGUACCUCAAGAAAGGAGAUGUUGCCACGUGUCAUGAUCUAAAGACGUAUCUACGUUUGGUAAAUGGCUUUGUGAGCUCUUCAUGUCCGUACAUGAAUGAAGUGACAGAGUAUCAAUCAGAAGCUUUGCUUUGAUCCGUUCUCAUUAGAUUUGGACCAAAGCUUAUACAACCUAAUCAUAAUUCUAAUAAUUGUUUCGUUAGUUGUAAAUGAAGAUGAGGCUGUGCUAAUUAUGAAGCGAUU